AUGCUGAGGGGCCUUUUUCAGAGGAAACUAAAACAUGAAAGACUGGAGGAGGAACCCGAGGUCCGAUUUAAGGGGUCGCUGGUGUCCGAGAGAGAUUUGGGAUACAAGUAUGUCAGACCCGGAGGCUCCGACUACUCUCCCCCUCCCCUUCCUCGGCCUCCUCCAGUUGGCUUGACGAACGAGCACAGAGGCGGCGGUAGCCAUGGCGACCACAGCGGUGGGGGAGGAGGGGUCAACCGUGGGGUGGGUGUGGUUGGCCUUGCACCGGAGCACAUUCCCACCCCGGGAGCAGCCCUGAGCUGGCAGGCGGCCAUUGACGCCGCACGGCAGGCGAAGAUGAUGGGCAACGCUGCGUCAAGCGGAGGGGCGGGGCUUGGGGUGGGUGGGGGCGGCCCCAUUUCCACAGCCAGCUCCACGCAAAGGAAGAGACAACACUACGCUUCUAAACCCAAGAAACAAACCACAACGACGGCCACAAGGCCGCCGCGGGCCCUGCUUUGUCUCACACUCAAGAACCCCAUCCGUCGGGCGUGCAUCAGCAUCGUGGAGUGGAAACCAUUUGAGAUCAUCAUCCUGAUGACCAUCUUUGCUAAUUGUGUGGCCUUAGCCGUCUACAUCCCCUUCCCUGAGGAUGACUCGAAUGCCACCAACUCCAACCUGGAGCGUGUGGAGUACCUGUUCCUCAUCAUUUUUACUGUGGAGGCGUUCCUCAAGGUAAUAGCUUACGGCCUGCUCUUCCACCCCAACGCCUACCUGAGGAACGGCUGGAAUCUGCUCGACUUCAUCAUUGUAGUAGUAGGGUUAUUCAGCGCGAUUUUGGAGCAGGCCACAAAGGGAGAUGGGGCCACUCCGAUUGGAGGGAAGGCAGCAGGUUUCGAUGUCAAGGCUCUGCGGGCAUUCAGAGUACUAAGACCGCUCAGACUGGUCUCUGGAGUACCCAGUUUACAAGUCGUGUUGAACUCCAUAAUCAAAGCCAUGGUUCCUCUGCUCCACAUUGCCCUCCUGGUCCUCUUCGUCAUCAUCAUCUAUGCCAUCAUCGGCCUGGAGCUCUUCAUGGGCAAGAUGCACAAGACCUGCAUUUACAGCCAUUCAGGUACAAAUGCAGAGGAAAAACCAGCACCAUGUGCACCUGACGGCGCUUACGGUCGGCACUGCAUGCAGAACGGAACGAAGUGCCAAGUGGGCUGGGAAGGCCCAAAUGAUGGAAUCACCAACUUUGACAACUUUGCCUUUGCCAUGCUGACAGUGUUCCAGUGUAUAACCAUGGAAGGCUGGACGGACGUGUUAUACUGGAUGCAGGAUGCUAUGGGCUAUGAGCUGCCAUGGGUCUAUUUUGUCUCUCUUGUCAUCUUUGGCUCAUUUUUCGUUCUCAACCUCGUUCUGGGUGUGUUGAGCGGAGAGUUUUCCAAGGAAAGAGAGAAAGCCAAAGCACGUGGUGACUUCCAGAAACUACGAGAAAAACAGCAACUGGAGGAGGACCUUAAGGGCUAUUUAGACUGGAUCACUCAGGCUGAAGACAUCGACCCAGAGAAUGAAGAGGAGGGCUUGGACGAUGACAAACCCAGAAACUGUAAAGGUCGACAUUUUCUCUCUCUGCGUGGAGCCGUGAAGAAAAACGCGGCUUUCCUUCGUAAGGCGUUGAGCAUGCCAGCCAGUGAAAACGAAUCAGUCAACACGGAUAACGCUCCCGGGGGAGACGUGGAGGGGGAGACCUGCUGCACCAGACUGGCAAUUAGGAUCUCCAAAUCCAAGUUCAGUCGCUACUCUCGGAGGUGGAACAGGUUGUGUAGGCGAAAGUGUCGAGCAGCAGUCAAGUCCCAGGUUUUCUAUUGGCUGGUCAUCUUCCUGGUUUUUCUCAACACCCUGACCAUCGCCUCUGAACAUCACAAGCAGCCUCAGUGGCUAACAGACGUGCAAGAUAUAGCAAAUAAAGUAUUACUAGCACUCUUCACUGGUGAGAUGCUCCUAAAGAUGUACAGUCUAGGUCUACAGGCGUACUUCGUGUCACUCUUCAACAGGUUCGACAGCUUCGUCGUGUGUGGGGGAAUACUAGAGACCAUUCUCGUAGAAACAAAGAUCAUGUCUCCUCUUGGCAUCUCAGUGUUGCGUUGCGUACGCCUGUUGAGAAUAUUUAAAAUCACAAGAUACUGGAACUCUCUCUCCAACCUCGUGGCCUCCCUACUCAACUCCGUUCGUUCCAUUGCCUCCCUGCUGCUCCUGCUCUUCCUCUUCAUUAUCAUCUUCUCCCUGCUGGGCAUGCAGCUCUUCGGGGGGAAAUUUAACUUUGACGACACCAGACGGAGCACCUUUGACAACUUUCCCCAGUCUCUGCUCACUGUGUUCCAGAUUUUAACAGGAGAAGACUGGAACUCUGUUAUGUAUGACGGCAUCAUGGCGUAUGGAGGCCCGUCUUUUCCUGGCAUGCUGGUCUGCAUCUACUUUAUCAUCCUCUUCAUCUGCGGAAACUACAUCCUACUGAAUGUCUUCUUGGCCAUCGCUGUCGAUAAUCUAGCAGAUGCUGAGAGUCUGACAUCGGCUCAGAAAGAAGAGGAGGAGGCAAAGGAGAGGAAAAAACUGGCCAGGCUUGCCAGUCCAGAAAAGCGUCAUGAUAACGAGAAGCCACCGAUAGAGGAAAAGAAGAGUGAGAAGAUCGAGUUGAAGUCCAUCACUUCUGAUGGAGAAACCAACACUGCAACCAAGAUCAACAUGGAUGACUGCUGUGGAGAUGAAAAUGAAGAGAAGAACCCAUAUCCUGUGAAUGAUUACAUAGGAGAUGAGGAUGAGGAUGAGCCGGAGAUGCCAGUGGGUCCGAGGCCGCGGCCGCUCUCUGACAUUCAGCUGAAAGAGAAGGCCAUUCCCAUGCCUGAGGCCCGCGCCUUCUUCAUCUUCAGCCACACCAACAAAUUCAGGGUUCUGUGCCACAAGAUCGUCAACCACAACAUCUUCACCAAUCUCAUCCUAUUCUUCAUCCUGCUCAGCAGCAUCAGUCUGGCGGCAGAGGAUCCGGUCAAGAACGACUCUUUCAGAAAUCAGAUCUUGGGCUAUGCAGAUCACGUCUUCACUGGACUUUUCACCAUUGAGAUCAUUCUUAAGAUGACAGCCUAUGGAGCCUUCCUCCAUAAAGGUUCAUUCUGUAGAAAUUAUUUCAACAUCCUGGACUUAGUAGUGGUCAGCGUUUCUCUCAUCUCUUCUGGAAUACAACUAGACUUCUCGACGUCCAGUGCAAUUAAUGUUGUAAAGAUCCUGAGAGUCCUGCGAGUGCUGAGACCGCUGAGAGCCAUCAACAGAGCCAAAGGACUAAAGCAUGUCGUGCAGUGUGUUUUUGUGGCCAUCAGAACCAUUGGCAACAUCGUCAUCGUCACUACAUUGCUCCAGUUUAUGUUUGCUUGUAUUGGAGUGCAGCUAUUCAAGGGCAAGUUCUCCUACUGUAGUGACAGCUCCAAACAGACUCAGGCAGAGUGCAGAGGUUUCUACAUCAUGUAUAAGGAUGGAGAUGUGGGGAAACCAGAAAAAGCCCAUAGAAAAUGGGAAAACAGCGACUUCAACUUUGAUGAUGUCCUGCAGGGAAUGAUGGCUUUGUUUGCCGUGUCUACGUUUGAGGGCUGGCCUGGGUUGCUGUACCGAGCCAUAGACUCUCACGCUGAAGAUGUCGGUCCAAUCUACAACUACCGCGUGGUCAUUUCUAUCUUCUUCAUCAUCUACAUCAUUAUCAUCGCCUUUUUCAUGAUGAACAUUUUCGUCGGUUUCGUCAUCGUCACAUUUCAGGAGCAAGGAGAGCAGGAGUAUAAGAACUGUGAGCUGGACAAGAACCAGCGUCAGUGUGUGGAAUACGCCCUGAAGGCCCGACCUCUACGUCGCUACAUCCCCAAGAACCCUUACCAGUACAAGGUGUGGUAUGUGGUCAACUCUACCUACUUCGAGUACCUGAUGUUCACUCUCAUCCUCCUCAACACCAUCUGUCUGGCCAUGCAGCACCAUGGACAGACUAAAAACUUCAACGAUGCAAUGAACAUCCUCAACAUGCUCUUCACAGGACUGUUCACAGUAGAGAUGAUCCUAAAGUUAAUCGCCUUCAAGCCCAGGGGGUACUUUAGUGAUCCCUGGAAUGUGUUUGAUUUCCUCAUCGUAAUUGGCAGCAUAAUAGACGUCAUUCUCAGUGAGAUCAACCCAGCUGAAUCGUCCUCGUCCUCCUCCUCCUCUUCGUCCUCCUCUUCCUCUUCUUCUUCCUCUCACCCCCAUGUGGUAAGGCCAAUGGGACUUCAGAAUUCUGAAGAGAACGCCAGGAUCUCCAUCACCUUCUUCCGGCUGUUCCGCGUGAUGAGGCUGGUGAAGCUGCUAUCUCGCGGGGAAGGGAUUCGGACCCUGCUGUGGACCUUCAUCAAAUCUUUCCAAGCUCUGCCUUAUGUAGCUCUGCUAAUAGUGAUGCUCUUCUUCAUAUACGCCGUCAUCGGUAUGCAGAUGUUUGGUAAGAUAGCGCUGCGGGACAACACGCAAAUCAACAGGAACAACAAUUUCCAGACGUUCCCUCAGGCAGUGCUGCUGCUCUUCAGAUGUGCAACUGGUGAGGCAUGGCAAGAGAUCAUGCUGGCGUGUUCGCCCAAUCACCCAUGCGAGAAAGGGUCAACCAAUGAAAACAGCACAAACCAUGAUGAUUGUGGCAGCCAGUUUGCCAUCAUUUACUUUGUCAGCUUCUACAUGCUGUGUGCCUUUCUGAUCAUCAACCUUUUUGUGGCUGUAAUAAUGGACAACUUUGACUAUCUGACACGUGACUGGUCAAUUUUGGGGCCUCAUCAUCUUGAUGAGUUCAAGAGAAUCUGGGCCGAAUACGACCCAGAGGCUAAGGGGAGGAUAAAACACCUUGAUGUGGUCACCUUGCUCCGGAGAAUUCAGCCUCCCCUCGGCUUUGGAAAGCUCUGUCCACACAGGGUGGCAUGUAAGCGCCUGGUAUCGAUGAAUAUGCCUCUGAACAGCGAUGGAACGGUUAUGUUCAAUGCCACACUGUUUGCUUUGGUCAGAACUGCACUCAGGAUCAAGACAGAAGGUAAUCUGGAGCAGGCUAACGAGGAGCUAAGAGCAAUUGUGAAAAAGAUCUGGAAGAGAACUAGCAUGAAGCUGUUGGAUCAAGUAGUGCCCCCUGCUGGUGAUGAUGAAGUAACAGUUGGAAAGUUCUACGCCACCUUCCUCAUCCAAGAAUAUUUCCGCAAGUUUAAGAAGAGAAAAGAACAAGGCCUGGUGGCCAAGGUGCCUCCCAAAACUGCCCUUUCUCUGCAGGCGGGCCUGCGGACGCUUCAUGACAUUGGACCAGAGAUCAGAAGGGCCAUCUCUGGAGACUUGAACGUGGAGGAGGAGAUAGAUAAAGGCAUGAAGGAAUCCGUGUCAGCUGCAUCUGAGGACGAUAUCUUCAGGCGAACGGGUGGCUUGUUUGGCAACCACGUCAACUACUACAACCAGACUGACGGCCGUGGGUCCUUUCCGCAGUCCUUCACAACUCAACGUCCCUUGCACAUAAGUCAGAAAGGCUCUCCGUGCGAAGGGGAAAGCCCAUCACACGAGAAGCUGAUGGACUCAACCACAUUCACCCCUUCAUCAUACUCCUCAUCAGGUUCAAACGCCAACAUCAACAACGCCAAUAACACUGGAAUGGCUGGAGUGACGACCCAGGGCGUCAGUCGAUUCCCAAGUCCGUCCAUAAGCACGGUGGAUGGGCACACAGACCAGCCCCUCACACCCAUCCUACUACCUAGAUCAGCCUGGUGUUUCCCUCCAAAAAGGAUGUUUUAUGACACCCUCAUGCGCUCGGACUCGAGUGACAGUCGUCUGCCAAUCAUCCAGAGAGGGGAGGGGUCAACAGAGGAGACGUACGAUGAGAGUUAUGGUGACGACAGGGAGUACCAGGACGAUGAGCACUCACUUUCUUCUGACAUGUUGGUGUAUCAUGAUGAAACAUGUAAACAGCUCACUCCUAUGGAGGAAACAGAAGAAGUAGGGGAGCAAAAAGGAGGAGGGUGGCAGUCUCCACGAAGAGUCUUCCUCUGUCCAACUACCCUGACACGGAGAUCUUCCUUCCAUCUGGAGUGUCUCCGGAGGCAGACAAGGCCAGAUGUCUCGCAGAAGACUGCUGUACCUUUACAUCUUGUACAUCACCAGGCUCUUGCAGUGGCAGGUUUGAGUCCCCUUUUGAGAAGGAGUCACUCACCUACCCUCUUCAGCCGACUGUGUUCCACGCCUGCAGCUAACCCCACAGACCAAUGCGGUGAUGCCUCCUACCAGCGAGUUCCUUCUCUAAGACUAGAGGGCUCCAACUCUCAUGAGAAGCUCAAUACCAGCCUGCCUUCUGUAAAUUGUGGGCCCUGGUACAACGACAGUAAUGGGAAUAGCCCAGUGGACAGUCCGAGCCCCACGCCGGUUCCCAGUCAAAGGGCACCACGGCCGGUGUCACUCACUGUACCAUCGCUCUUGGGGAAGGACCCCAGCUCGCUGUCUCAUGGCAGUGCAGGCAGUCUAGUGGAAGCGGUUCUUAUAUCAGAAGGUUUGGGUCAUUUUGCCCAGGACCCUUCUUUCAUUGAGGCAACCAAAGCCGAGUUAGCUGAUGCCUGCGACAUGACCAUCGAGGAGAUGGAGCAUGCAGCCAGCAACAUUCUCAACAGCAACACCGCCACAAACCCCACAUCAAGCACCUCUUCCACCUCUCAGCACAGCCCUAACGGCAGCCUCCCCUGCCACAAUGCAGCAGCAGCUGCAACGCACAGGGACCGAGUCGCCGGCCUGAGUCCCGGCGAUGCAGGGGCAGAGGCUGGAGGGGGCCGGGGCUACAUCCACGGUCCAUCCUCUAUAGAGGAGCGACAGGAACUGCUAGCUAGAGGGGCAGGGCGAGAAGAGGAGGAGGAAGAGCCAAAUGUGAGAGAAGAGAGGCCCCACAGAAGUUCAGCUGUGGUGGCAGGAGCACGGCAGAAGAACAGCAGGCUUUUGGAGGAUGAGGAUUUGGAGUGUGUGACGAGCUUGUAGGUGCCGCCUCGGCAGCUUUGAUCAGCAAACUGGCCCAUCAGAGGCUGAGGUUUGUCAGUGCUGGCGAACAGUGUGGCGGCUGGUUGGCUCACUCUGUCACUCUGGACAAUGGCGGCCAGCGAUGCACCUUUAACACAACAAGACUUUGUCGGGUUCAACUGAGUUAGUAUGUGUGUCUGCAGUAAAGUAUAUCAGACUAUAUACUAUCUGAGUGUGUGCUUCUGUGUGUCUGUGUGUGUGUUUUUCUCUAUUUGUACUCGUAUGUGUGUGUUCACCACACGUGUCAGAGUGUGGCUCUAAAGUGCCUCACAGUUUUAUCAUGUCCUCAACCUGGGAUGAGCAGGAAAAUGGAGACAAGCAAAAAAAAAAAGACAAAGGACAGACUGAA